AUGUCUACAUUACCACAAUUCGAUACAAUUAAGAAUUCUUUAUAUCGGACAAGAAAUGAAAAAUAUCCACCAUUACCGAAUUUCAUUGACGAUGUAAAACUCGAGGGUUCAUGGCGAUUAACACUUAACAAUGAAGAUUUUUUAGUAAUCGAUAAUAGUAGUCCUCGUUAUUUAUGUUUUGGAACGACCGAUUCAUUAAAAUUAUUAUGUGAUUCUGAACAUAUAUUUAUGGAUGGUACAUUCAAAUCUUGUCCAUCACCAUUUGCCCAGAUAAAAACAAAAGCACGUACGUAUCCUUAUUCAACGAGCUUUGUAUUAGCUUUAAAAUGA